AUGGUCAAUGGAGAUUUGUGUGCUUGUCGAUGUUGUCCUGUAAAAGAUUGCGUUCCACAAACCCUUCCAAAUAUAUUUCAUGUUGAUCGAUGUUGGUUGGGAGGUGGACGUGAAUGUUUAGACCUUUGUCGGGCAUUUUAUCCACGAGAAUGCGGUUCAUCAACAUCUUUUGCUGUACCUUUUUGUAACGAUUCAUUAACAGUUUCAUUUAAUAUUUUUAUUAUUUUAAUCAGUAUUUUUAUUCAUCAAUUGAUCAUUCAUUAA